AUGGCCAUCAGACUGGCCGGGUCUGGAUCAACACAGUGCUCUGGCAGAGUUGAAAUUUACCACAAUAACAUCUGGGGAACAGUCUGUGAUGAAGACUGGGACUUAAAUGAUGCUGAUGUGGUUUGCAAAGAGUUAAACUGUGGACCGGCACUACAGGCUCCUCAAUCAGCUUACUUUGGUGCAGGAACUGGACAGAUAUGGCUUGAAGAAGUGUCAUGCACAGGAAAUGAAAACUUUCUAACUGACUGUCCAAGCAGUGGAUUUGGAGGAAUUGACUGUGACCAUUCUGAGGACGCUGGUGUCAUCUGUUCAGAUGUCGUCUCAGGAGAUGUGACAUCCGGUAAUACAGGAGGAAGUUGGAGGAAGUUCUUGGUGAAAGUGAAUCUGGCAGCUGUCGACUCCUCCGUGGACAUGAAAGACCCGGCUGUGAUGGAGUCCGUCGUGAAUUUGGUCAAAAAUGAGCUGGGAGAUACGACUGGCGACCUAAAAGUGAGCUGGUGGAAACUUCCAGAAAAGAAAGACAUCAAAAAACAAGAGACGUGUACUCCAUAGUUCACACUGUUUGUUUCAAUAGCUGGAUGAAGGCGGCUUACAGCCUGUAAAAAUGAUUUGAUUGAUUUAAUCUUCACUUUUCAGAUGGUAUCUGUGUGUUUGCUUGUUUCUGUUGUGGUACAUUUAGUUGUUAAACAAACAUCAUCUCUAUGAGUGCAAACUUUAAUGGGGUUGAUGACUUAAUUCUGUGAUGAAUUUACAAAGAAGACAUGUUCAGUUGGUGCCAGCAGAGAAAUAUAUCACAGUCAAAUAUGAAAUUUAGCAUCUGCUUUGAAUUGAGGUAAAGGGAUGUGAUUUUCAAGGUAACAAAGUUAUAUUUCCAUGUGGUUUGCAUCAUGAGAAACAAAACAAAUGGGAAGAUAUCUUCCUUGACCUUUCUUGACCAUAAUGACUUUUUCUUUGUCUCUCAAAAAGUUAGAAUUUAAAUUUAAACCACUUUAUUUGAGAUGUUUUGAAUUGACUGAAAAACUGUAAUAUAAAAUGCAUCUGUGUGUUUUACUAGGACCCAUUUCUGUUUAAGCUUGCAUAUUAAUAGAUUUUUUUCUUAAAUUAUUGGUGAUAAAUGCUAAUCGAGUUCUUCUUAUCCUUUCCAUUUUAAUUCUUUGUUUUACUGUAUAUUGAAUUUAUAUUGCGUGAGCUCUCGAGUUAAUCUACUCUUCACUUUUCUGUUUGCUUUUUAUAUUUUACUUGAGAAAACGCAGAUAGGUGUGGAGAUUUAUUAAAAACAUGACUUCCAGAUGAUAUUCCCUGACAGUACUUUUCGGUGUCCAUAAUUCCCUCAGUGUUGACAAAAUCCCCAAACAACAUUGGCUGAAAUGUUGCCCCAAACCAUGACAAACCCAAGUUUCCUUACAUACUGAUGACGAUUUAAACCAAAAAGAAUUCAAGUUUUGAUUCAUCACUCCAUACGACACAUUUGUUACUGAUUUUCAGUCCAGUUCUUGUGUAAUUUGGCAUCCUUUGACCUUUUCAUUUUUUAAGCCUGUCACUUGUUCUUUUGUCCUCCACUUGUCCAGUUUCUAUUUUUAAGGACGCCCUGCACAUCAUGCUGGGAUGUGGCAGGUUUUUGGCUAACAGCUCUUUGGAAGUCAUCUUAUCCCUCUUAAACUGUGUGAUCACUAACAUUUUUCAAGUGCCUAAAGACAAGAUUUUAAAAAGUAUGUUAUGUACAGCCACAAAUUGAUUCUUUCCUUGAGCCUUUUUAUGCUUGAAUAAUUCAUAGCAGUGUUAUGUGGCUUAUCAAUGGUCAGGUAGAAAGGCUGGACUGAAAAUAAAUGAAAAAGCAGCUGAUCUCCUGAGAAAAACUCAGAAAGCCGGGAAAACUACUGCUCAAGAGCACUUUAAAAAUUACAAAAAAGUCUCGUUCCUUGGAAGUAAUAUACAGAGGAAUGAGGGAUGACUACACUUUUUUCACAGUACUGUAAUUAUGUUUUGUUUAGGUGGCUGGAUUUAUAUGUGCCUUGAAUGCUGUAAUCAUGUUACUAACACUAUUA